AUGGCCGUUCAAGUGUCUCACCCGCAGCAGCAGGUGCCUGGCCCACCCGCCGGCUGGACCAACACUAUGCUGGCCGCCAUGUGCAGCAAUGUGUACACUCAGCUGUCGGCCGGCACCAAGCUGCCGGUGAUCCCUCUCGACUACAGCAUGCCACGCGGCGAUCAAGCCCGCGAUCAGCUCAGCGCCGCUUUAGGCAACAUCUUCACCGUCACAAUCAACACGGUCGCCAACUACAUCUACUUCGUGCCAGUCAUUUCUGACCGCGUGGAGAACCAACUCUCCAUGGCCAAGACCCCACGCCCAAUGAACUGCUGGGUGAUCUACCGCCUCGAGAAGCACCCAGAGAUCAAGGCCGCGAACCCUGACUGUAAWAACAAUGACAUCUCCAAGAUCUGCGGUCAGCGCUGGGCCUCUGAGCCUGACAGUGUCAAGGAGGAGUAUCGGAGAAGAGCAGCUGAGGCGAAGAUCAAGCACGCCAUGAUCUAUCCCAACUAUCAGUACCAACCCCGCAAGCCAUCCGAGAAGAAGAAGCGCAUGACCAAGAACAAGGCGGCGAAGCUCGCAGCUUCGAGACGCGCCGCCUCGGCCAACAUCAACGCCGCCUCGGCCAACACUCAGGUCCCUCAGACCCAGCCGCAGCCCCAGACCCAGCCGCAGCAGCCUCUGCCACCUGGACACCUUCUUGCAGGUCCCCUCUUCGACCGCCUGGUCAUCAUGACCACUGGCAUGGACAUCGGUCAGAUUCCCCCAAUGCCAAAGUACGAGUUUCCUGCCGACUACAUGACCAAGAAGUACCAGGAUCCGUCUCUCGAGCAGGACCGCCAGGAGAAGCUCGAGGUUGAGAACGAAAUGAACAGCUUCUUCUCCUUCGAAGCCGCUGACGGUCCAAUCCCCGUCAGCUUCGUGACGGCAACCUGGUCAUCCAAUGGACAGUGA